CGGGGAGCGGGGCGGGGGGUCCGCGUGUGUCGGUGGCGUGUGUGUGUCGGGGAGGGGGUUAAAGGGGAUAAAAUAAACACCGGCGGGAACGGCCCCUUCUCCCCGGCCCGCCGGGGCCUGGCGAAUCGGCCUCUGCCGACGGGAAGAGCCGCCAUCCCGCCGCGCCGGGAGAGACAAUGAAUGACUGGGCCCCCAUAGCGAAGGAGUACGACCCCCUCAAAGCCGGGAGCAUCGAUGGCACAGAUGAGGAGCCCCAUGACCGUGCCAUAUGGAGGGCUAUGCUGGCACGCUACGUACCCAACAAGGGAGUCACAGGAGAUCCUCACCUCACCCUGUUCGUGGCAAGGCUCAAUCUUCAGACAACAGAAGAGAAGUUAAAGGAGGUCUUUUCCCGGUAUGGAGACAUCAGAAAGAUCCGUCUGGUUCGAGACCUGGUCACGGGAUUUUCCAAAGGUUACGCAUUUAUUGAGUACAAAGAGGAGCGUGCUCUCUUGAAGGCCCACAGAGAUGCCAACAGGCUGGUUAUUGAUCAGCAUGAGAUCUUUGUAGAUUUUGAACUGGAAAGAACUCUCAAAGGAUGGAUUCCUCGGAGGCUUGGAGGUGGUUUUGGAGGCAAAAAAGAAUCCGGGCAGCUACGGUUUGGAGGACGGGACAGACCUUUUCGAAAGCCCAUCAAUUUGCCAAACAUGAAAAAUGAUUUCUAUGGAGAAGGCUCAGCAGAGAAAAGAAACUGGUCUCGUGACGGAACAAGGGACUGGAGAACAAGGGACCGAGACCAUGAAAGGAGCAGAGACAAGCGAUGGCCAGAAAGGGAGCGGUCGUGGGCUUGGGGUGAAAGUGAGAGAGAGAGGGACUCGAAAGAGGAGAGGAGCAGAGGGAGGGAGAGGAAGGACAGAGACAGGAAGGACAGGGAUAGAGACCGGAGCAGGGAGAGAGAUACCAAGAAACAGAGAGACGAUGACAAGCAUCGGUAGGUGAGGAUGCCGUCUCUGGGGUGUGGUGUCUGCUCGGACAUCCACAAUGUUUCCGUUGCAGACGUUGCCUUCAGCUCGGGGCUGUGAGCAGCAUUCCCUGGACAGGGAGCUGUGCGUGCUCUUGCUGUCUUGUGCCUGGGACUCGCCUGCUAGAAGCUCUCUGUAGUUCGGUUGCUAAUGCAGUUAAGGUACGUGUUGAAUUGUUCUUCAGAGAAAAUAAACUUUUGUAUUAAUA